AAAAAAAAAUUAUAACUCAACAAUAAUCAGUGUUUAAAGUUUAUAGAAUUUUAAAAACUACCAAACGAACUUGUAAAACAGAAAUAUGUGAUAAAGUGUUUUAAAACAUUAAAAGAAGCUAUAACUCUUACAUAUCUGCUUUGUAUCUCAUGAAGAUGAUAUCAUUACCAAAAUUUGCUCUACGAACCUCCAUACUACUCUUUAAUUUACUUUGCUUAAGUAUCGUAAAUGGUAACUUCAAUUCUUCAACAUCAAGAACUAAAACAUUAAAUCCAACAGACUACUGGGUACGUAACAUGAUGAGAUCGCAGCAAAUUGUAACAAAACAUAUCAUAACCGAAAGCGAAAGUCCCGACAGUCCAAGAUUGAGGAAAAGAUUAAAUUAUAAUUUUCAUUCCAAAUUUACAAAUAAUAAUAAUAAGAACGACGAUAGCAGUGGGAGUAGUAAUGAUUACAAAGGUCAUCAGCAGCGUCAUCAUCGAAGGAAAAGACAUCACUACCACUCACACCAGCAACGACAUCAUCAUAAUCCAAGCAGAAGCUUAGCUCAUGGCUAUUCGAUGGACAAUCAUGCAUAUCUAAAGGCGGACGGAGAUGUUGAGCACAUUGAUGUUAAUUUUAGCAACGAAGCAGGAACUGUGACAGCGGCCUCCACAAUUUUCAGCUACAAUAACGGAGGAGAUAAACUCCAUCCCCAACAGCAUUUCCACGAUCCUAGUAAGAGUUUUCGUCAUCAUAAUGAAGACUUGAUGGCUCUUCAACACUAUCAUUUCUCUCACCAACAAAGAGAAAUUAAUUUCGAAUACGAUGCAAUCGAUCGUAUGUAUCCUGCCAAAGUAGAAGAUAGUCCUGACGAACACCUUAGUUCGUACGUUCGUACUUUUACCUCGAUACCAGAUUACGUUUUUGAUGUUCCACUAUCCAUUCAAGAACAUAAUGCGGAUGACGAGCACGAACUGACAAAAAUUAAACAUAACAAAAAGCUAUUCAGGUCCUUACCGGAAAAUGAAAUUGAACUUCCAGAACAGCAUUUUAGCACUCGUCAUUGGCCUGUGAAACGGGAAGCUAUAGUUGAAGGCAGUUUAAUACUUGGUGGUCUGAUGAUGGUGCACUCUCGUGAAGAUACCAUAAUAUGUGGACCAAUAAUGCCACAAGGUGGGAUUCAGGCGUUGGAGGCGAUGCUUUACACAAUUGAUCGAAUCAAUGAGAUAAAGUUAUUGCCUAACAUAACAUUAGGCGCCCACAUCUUAGACGAUUGUGAUAAGGACUCAUAUGGUUUAGAGAUGGCAGUGGAUUUUAUUAAAGGUUCUAUAAGCAAUAUUGAUGAUGCUGAAUAUCAUUGCAAUAAAACUCAAGUGCGAAAGGUUAUAUCAGGAGUUGUUGGUGCAGCAUCUUCAGUGACAUCAAUACAAGUUGCAAAUUUACUUCGAUUAUUUCGAAUACCUCAGGUUUCAUUUUUCUCUACAAGCCCGGAAUUGAGCAACAAGCAACGUUUUGAGUAUUUUUCAAGAACAAUACCAUCGGAUCAUUACCAAGUUAAGGCUAUGGUUGAAAUCGUAAAACGAAUGGGUUGGAGUUAUGUGUCUAUUAUUUAUGAAGAAAGCAACUAUGGAAUAAAGGCUUUCGAAGAACUUGAAGAUUUACUUUCCCUUCACAACAUCUGUAUUGCAAUAAAGGAAAAGCUGGUCAAAGAUUCAGGAGUCGCUAAAGAGUUUGCAUAUGACAAUAUUGUUUUGAAACUGCUUACAAAGCCCAGAGCAAGAGGUGCUAUUAUUUUUGGAUCAGAUCAAGAAGUACGUGAGGUUAUGCGCGCUGUUCGUAGAAAUAAUGCAACUGGAGCCUUUUCAUGGAUCGGCUCGGAUGGAUGGAGUGCCAGAAAUCUCGUAUCAGAUGGCAAUGAACCCGAAGUUGAGGGAACUCUAUCUGUUCAACCACAAGCUAACCCAGUCAAAGGUUUCGAAGAAUACUUCCUUAAUUUAACUGUUGAAAACAAUGAAAGAAAUCCUUGGUUUAUUGAAUUUUGGGAAGAUCAUUUUCAAUGCCGCUACCCAAAGAGCGUUAGUACCCCAUACAACAAUUACAAUCGCACAUGCAAUGGUAAAGAGAAACUCACUCGCAGUAAUACUGACUUUGAGGAUCAAUUGCAAUUCGUAAGCGAUGCUGUUAUGGCGUUUGCAUAUGCUCUAAGGGCUAUGCAUAAUGAUCUCUGUGGGGGACUCCCUUCGCUAUGUGAUGCAAUGAAACCAACCAAGGGUGCAGAUUUGCUGAAAUAUCUUCGGAAUGUAAAUUUUACGGGUUUGAGUGGAGAUGAAUUUAGAUUCGAUGAAAAUGGUGAUGGUCCAGCCCGGUAUAAUAUUAUACACUUUAAACAAUCUGCCGUUGGUCAAUACGGUUGGGUAAAGGUGGGCGAAUAUUAUGAAGGCGAACUGCGAUUGAAUAUGUCAGAAGUCCAGUUUAAAUUAUUGGAUCCAAAACCUCCAGAGUCGGUGUGCAGUCUCCCUUGCGAACGAGGACAGGCUAAAAAAUACGUCGAAGGUGAAAGUUGUUGUUGGCAUUGCUUCAAUUGUUCGACAUACCAAAUCCGGCAUCCCAUUGAUGAGACUCAGUGUUUGACUUGCUCCUUGGGAACACUACCGGAUAUGACAAAAGAGUACUGCCGUGACUUGCCAGAAGUUUAUUUACGUCCAGAAUCGGCUUGGGCUAUUGGGGCGAUGGUAUUUAGUGCCACUGGCAUUUUAGUGACAUUAUUUGUUGGGGGAGUCUUUGUGCGCCACAAUGAUACGCCAAUCGUAAGAGCAUCCGGACGUGAGCUUAGUUACAUCUUAUUAGCUGGGAUACUUAUGUGCUAUGCGGUAACGUUUGCGUUAGUCCUUAAACCAACAAAUAUAGUUUGUGCUAUACAGAGGUUUAGUGUUGGGUUCUGCUUCACUGUUGUUUAUGCAGCACUUCUUACUAAAACGAAUCGCAUUGCAAGGAUAUUCAAAGCUGGAAAACAGUCGGCAAAGAGACCAUCUUUUAUAAGUCCCAAAUCGCAAUUGGUCAUUUGCUCAAUUCUUAUUUUUAUUCAGAUUCUAAUAAAUGGAGUUUGGAUGAUAAUUGCACCAUCGCACGCUAUGUACCAUUACCCGACAAGAGAGGACAAUCUUCUCGUCUGUGAUUCGUAUAUAGAUGCUUCUUACAUGAUAGCAUUCUUCUAUCCAAUUAUUCUAAUUGUCAUUUGCACUGUUUAUGCAGUGCUAACUAGAAAAAUACCAGAAGCCUUUAACGAAUCUAAACAUAUUGGCUUCACGAUGUAUACGACAUGUGUCAUUUGGUUAGCAUUUGUACCUUUGUAUUUUGGAACAGCAAAUCACGUCCCCCUGAGGAUAACAUCGAUGUCAGUCACGAUAAGUUUGUCAGCGAGUGUGACUAUUGCGUGUUUAUUUACACCAAAGUUGUAUAUUAUACUUGUCCGACCAGAACGAAAUGUGCGUCAAAGCAUGAUGACCCCACGGUAUGGAAUGCAUCGUGGUACUGGAACAGGUCCUUCUUCAAUGAUGGCAGCUGCUGUAGUAACAGCUGCAACAUGUGCCCAAGAGGAAAAUAUUCAAAAACAUAUAACACCCACAACUAUAGACGAAACUAAACUAACAUCUGUGAAACUCUGCGAAAUGGCAACACAAACUAUCGCUCUAUCAAACAUAUUUACAAACGCAACAUUGACGAACACCUACCAAAAUAUUCCUUUUGUUGAUCAAAUUGUGCCAAACCUGAAUGAAGUUCUGUUAAAUCGCAAUAACUACAUAGAACACGAGGUGAUAAAUAAUAAUAAAAUAAAAAGUAACACUAACAGUAACGGUAACGGCAACAACCGUUGCAAUCAAAAUCAACCUAUAAAGUCUUCACCCAUUGAAGAUGGUGUAGAGUCAAAAGUGAAUCAAAACCAUGCGUCAAAAGACCAAACAAACCCAACUCACACGAUAUCAGCAACAACAACAAUUAGUGAAAAUAAUGUAAUAGCAACAAGCUUAUAGCAAGGCGAUAUCAACAGAACUAGCAAUGCAGAAGCGGAAGGAAAACAAGAUUGUGAGCUAAAUAAAGCUGACGACAACGGUUGUUCUGAGAACGCCAAGCGGCAUGCAAUUCCCGUAUAGAAACUUUAGUUAUGUUGUUAAGUAAACAAGAUAGAGGAACAAAAUGUAACAUGUAACAUAUUUUUAAUGAGUUAGAGGACUUUAAGACAAUUUACACUAGAACGUUGUUUUUAUAUGAAAAAUGUGAACAAAUAACAUAUGUUAAGCUGAAUACCAUCACCAUAUGUACAUAACAUAAGUGAAAGGUAUCCAAAGCUAUAAAGAAGAAAAAGCAAUUGUAAAAAUGUAAAUACAUAUAUUCUUCCAAAAGUUUAAAUAUUGUAAAAAUUAUAAUUGAUAUUAAUUUUGUACCGUUACAUGCUAAUUAAGUUUCUGGUAGGCCUAUUUAUUAUUUCUUAGCCAAAUGGCUUUCUUUGUAAUUUCGGAACUGCUUUGUGAGCACAAGUUUAAAAAAUAUGUUUUCUUAUUUUUAAGCGAAAAGCGUUCUCGAUACAUAAGUAUGUAGUUGCAAACAUUAUUAUAGAUUACCUAAUUCAGUUUUGAAAAAAAAACUACAAUAUGCUAUUUUGGCACCAAAAAGCAGUGGAUCAAAUCCGCAGGGACCGAUCAUUAUAACAACCCUACAUUUAAAUAUCUGCGGCCGUAAUUAAUAACGUCAUUGCACAAAAUAGGAAUGUACAGGGUCAUGUGUUAAACAAUUUAAUUUAAUAAAACCACGUCUUUGCUCUAUGAACUGCAGACAUUUUGACGCCGACUUAAGGCUUAAUAUCUCAGAUUACUUUUAAAUCAUGUUCCAUGAAGAUUUCACGACUUUCUUACUUAGAAAUGAUGUGCUUUUAAAAAUCAAAUCCAUUUUUUUAAUUAUUCAAACAAACAAUCGAUACCCGUGGAUUGGUAUUAAGUGCGUAGACUGUCAUGUGAAAGGUCUUAUUUUCAAUCCUUUCCUGUGCCACCUAAAAAUUUUGUUCCCUGACAUGACUCGUACAAAGUAAUAGUUGAGAGUUUUAAGUCACUAGACCUUUAAGGACUGUCGCGUCAUCUGAUUUAUUAAUUUUUAUUUUUUUUAUAAAAUGAUUUGUUUUUACCAAUGAUUACUUUUAAUUUUGUAUUAUUAUUUUCAUAUUGCUUCUAAAUUGCUUUCGGACUUUAAGUGUCAAAUGCCAUUUAAGUAAUAAUGAUUAAUUUGUCAAAACUACGAAAUAAAAUUUGAAAAACAAAAUGUAAUAACAGAUAUAUUGCUGUCUAAAAUAGUCCCCAACAUUAUUUAGAGAGUUAUGCAUGUAAAUCCCCUUAACUUAAUUAUCAAAUGUAUCUAAAAUGUUUUUUCUGCAUGAAAAAUUCGAUUCAAAUUAUUUUGCAAUUCUCUGAGUAUAAGAGGCAAUAUUUAAAACUUUUUCCAGCAUUGCAACAUUUUUCGCUGAUUUGCGUUCAUAUGUGAAAACAACACAAGAAAUGUUAGCUUUUAUUAAGGAAUUAAAAAAUAUAAAGGUAGAAGAACAUCAGACAUGGGCACCGCCAUCAUUUUUAACAUACAUGACAUUUGUAAAAAAAAACAUGCCCACCUUGACUGAUUUUUUUUUAAAAUCAUUUAUCAAUCAUUUUCAUUAACAAUAGUAUCGAUUGAUUUAAAAGAUAGCCCGGUAACAACUGUUGUAUCUGAAAGUUAAUUUCGUCAACAUCCACAUUUUUGGAUGCCAAAAUAGUCCAGUUGUAAUUGAAGUAAUAAUCUGAAUCAAUUGAUGUUUUUUCCUGAAAAACAUUGCAGAAAUUGUGUGGCAGUUUAAUGCAUUGCGUAUUUGGUUGCAGUUCUAUAUUAUCGUUCCCGAUAUCUAGUAAUUGUUCAGAAAAUAUUUGUUGUGACGGAUCAUUUUACAAUAGUACGCGCAAGCUUAUGGCCAAUCGAAGCGUUUCAACAUUUCGCCAUUUUAUCCGCGGAAGUAGAGCGAUGUAUAUCCGGUAAGGUCUUCUGUAAAUCACUUGACGAAAGUAAGAGAGCACCACCAAAAAGUUUAUCACUGCCGUUUAAAUCUUGCAUAAUCCCGUUGGAUUCAUAGGGGUUAUUCUAUUAAAUUGUAGCUUAUAUGAAACGUUUGGAAGUUUUACACAGCUUCAUCUAUUGAAAACUUAUUCAAUCAAGUCAACAGAUGUCUAUAUCAUCGUUUGGAGCUAACACAUAAUUGUGACUGUCAAAUAAUAGACAAAUUAUUUGCAAUAGCUUCCAUUGCUUUACAUUUACCUUAAGAUACUUAUGAGAAGGUUAAAGUAUCUGCUGUCUGAAAAAGCCAACAAACUUAGACCAACAGCUGGUUCUGUUGUGAUAUCACAUCGAUAAAGGAUCUUCACUACUCGAAAAGAUAAUUUCGAGACAAUAAAUGACGAGAUUUCUCACAUCACUGAAAUUAUUAGACACUGUGUGGCCGUUAGAACAGAUUUGAAAGUGAGGAACUAUUUCUCCUCCUCCACCUCCUCUUCACCCAUGAAGUUUGUGUUAGAUUCCGCAUAAAAGUGAUUCGCUUUGCAUAAUAAAAAUGACUCAUUAUUUCAGGUAGACGCGGUUUGCUGCCACAAUUUAUGACCAAUACGUAAUACAGGCUUUUACCCAAUUUAUUAGUGAGCUUGUUUAAGUACUUUUGUAAGAGUUCUUUCAGUGUGUUUAGACGCUUUCUAUACGCAUUCGGUCUCCAUAUAGAAGUAUAAAUAUAAAGGCUCCGGAGACGAUGAGACUUUUAAUUUAGAUAUACAUACAUAGUCUUUGGCAAUAGUUGCGGAGCGUCUAUAAUGACAUAUAGAGGAAUUAUUAAUCUGUGCACCGCGAAAGGACCGAUGAAAUGUUGGUAUUCCAUCACCAACAUUAAAGAGGAAUAUGUGGCCUUACUUGCACACUUAUUCGAGAUAUUAAGGUGGAAAAAGGUUUAAUUUUUUUUACAUUGUGUUUGCUUUACUUCGAUCGUUAUUAAUAGUAUUGUUUAACAGUUUCCCAGAACAAAAUUCUAACCAAAUAAUCAGUUCGACUUCAAAAGUGAUCUAGUUCAAUGCAACUUCAUUCAUAUGUACUUCAAUUUUAAUUGCAGUAAUCAGAUUAGUAAAAUUUUACAAUUUAUUUUCUAAUGUUGUUAAUUUUAAUAAUUUAUAAUAAAUAAAUGCGUUAGCCUGCAGAGCUUUAAAUUUUCAAUGUUAAAAUAAUUAAAAAAUAUGACUUAUAGAUAAUGCUUGUGGCAUAGAUGUUCUUAGCUUAUAUAUAUUAUCUAUACAUACAAAAAUUGGCUAUAUAUGAUAGUUUACAAAAUGCUUAUAUGUAUUAAAAGAAUAAAAUGUGAUAUUCCUUGAUUUUUUCGAAUAGUUUAAUACAAUUUAAUAAUGUAACAAACUUUACUAGCCAUUUAAAUCAAUUUUUACUGGGUUAAUCUAAAAAUAAGAAAAUAGAAACUAAGAUUAGUUAGUUACUAAAUAAAUGCAAUUACAUUGUCGAAACUUCAACAGUGUUUUGAGUUUAAAUAUAAGUUUCAAAAUCAAAUACGUCUAAUAAUAAAGUUUCAAAAGGGAUAAAUUGAUUAAAAUUGGGUUCGCAAUUAGUAUUCUACAAGCCUUAGUUUUAUGAAUUUUUUUUUAACAUUCGUUUUGUGGAUAUCCCUUCUGUAACUUCAAUUAUUAUUCUCAACACGAACAUUUGUGAUUUGUGUUGAUUAACAAAUGGUGAUUAAAUUUGGAAGGUGUUCAUUUUGUGUUCCCAGAGCCCAGAACCCACAAAUGAAAAUUCCGAAAAACCUAUAUCUAAAAAAUAACUGUUUUAUUUUGUGUUUGUUAUAAAUAUGUACUAAAUCUAAUUAAUUACUAAUUAAGAAAAACUCAUUUUAUGUAAACAAAAGAAAAUAGAAUACAAUGCACUUAAAUUUGAGAAUAUUAUUAACUGCAUUGCAAACAAGUCUUCUUUAUUAAUCGAAUAUUAAUUUUAUGUUGUAAGGUUGUUUUUAAUAAAAGUACAAAUUAUAAAAGCAACUAAGUUGCUAUGACACUGAACGCAAACUUAGCACAGAUACAUAUGACUCAAAUUCGUGAUUAUCGUGUCUAAUAUAUCAUUACUUAAAUGUAAACUGUAGUUUAUAAUAAUAAAC